AUGGAAGAAUAUGGUGGCAGGUUUGGGAUCAAGAGUCUUAUUAACGUUAUCAAAGCUAGAAAGGAAGGGUUUUUGGUGGAUUACCAAAAGCAAAAGUACAUUGAUUCUGAUACCGACACCAUAAAGUCUAGAUUAUUUCACAAGCAACUUAUUCAUACAAAAAACGCAGAAAAUGUUAAAGCUGUAGUGGCUACACAAUAUGAAGACUUUAGUAUUGGCAAAAGACAUAAGUUUUUUAAACCAUUAUUAGGUAACGGAAUUUUCGCUUCUGAAGGUGAAAGAUGGAAACACUCUAGGGCUAUGUUGAGGCCUCAGUUUGCUAGAGAACGAGUAGCACACGUUCAAACGUUAGAACCCCAUCUUCAAGUGUUUUCUAAACACGUACGUAAAUAUAACGGGCAAGUAUUUGACAUUCAGACCUUGUUUCAUAAGCUUACAAUCGAUGCUGCGACGGAGUUUUUGUUUGGAGAAUCAGUAGAUUCGUUGCGUGAUAAAUCCAUAGGAUAUCAAUCAUUGCCGACUGAUGUCGACGGAAAAGCUGGCUUCGACGAUGCAUUCAAUAUCUCUCAAACUUAUAUGAUGCUGAGAGCGUUGGCACAAGACUUAUACUUUCUAUUUGAUUCUAAAGAAUUCCGGGACGCUAAUAGAAAAAUACAUAAAUUCACUGGACAUUACGUACAUAAAGCAUUGGAAACUACACAAGAAGAAUUAGACGCCAAAAGUAGAGACGGGUACAUAUUUUUGUACGAAUUAGUUAAACAAACAAGGGACCCAGUUGUUAUCCAGGAUGAAUUGCUCAGUAUCAUGUUAGCUGGUAGAAAUACUACGGCAAGUCUUCUCUCAUUUCUUUUCUUUGAGUUGGCAAGAAACCCUGAAAUUUGGAAUAAACUAAAGGAAGAGAUAUACGAACACUUUGGAGAGGGCGAUAAUGUUCAACUUGAGAAAAUUACAUUUGAAGCUAUGAAAAAAUGUUCCUACUUGAAGUGGGUGAUAAAUGAAACGUUGAGAAUGUACCCUUCUGUGCCCCAAAAUUUUAGAGUAGCUAAAAAGGAUACUACAUUGCCUAGAGGUGGUGGUAAGGAUAGGCAGUCUCCAAUUUUUGUUCCUAAGGGCCAAUUCGUUCUAUACACUACAUAUAGUAUGCAUAGACUGGAAGCUUAUUACGGCAAAGAUGCUGAUGUAUUUAGACCAGAAAGAUGGGAAAGCCUUCGAAAUAUAGGAUGGGCUUACAUGCCAUUUAGCAGUGGUCCAAGAGUUUGUCUCGGACAACAGUUCGCCUUAACCGAAGCAUCCUACAUUACGAUUAGACUAGCGCAGAUGUUUCCGGACCUUGAAUCCCAUGAUCCAAACUACCCACCCCGCAAGCUAACCAACUCAACAAUGAGACAUUUAGAUGGCGUGUUUAUAAGCUUACAUUAA